ACCAACCUCCCUUAGGCACUUUCUUAAGAGCUAUUCAAAAAAAAAAAAAAAAAAAGCACUUCUUCUUUCUUCUUCCUCUUGAGACUUUUUUUCUUCUUUCACAAAUUUGACUUUCAAAGGAAAAAAAAAAAUGGUGACUACUUCGUCACGAACCAAGUCAAACGGACCGGUGCUUCGUUCACAAUCACCGUCGGGUCGAUUUUGCGGUGGUUACUCAAGAGCCGUUCCGUCGUCUUCUUCAUCAGCUUUCGCUUCAUCGACGAGUUCUAGCUUUUCGUCUCCGUCAUCAGCUUUUUUCAGCAAUCACCGUCAUCACGAGAACAACCACAGUCAUCACCGAUCUGCGUCACCGACUCGUGUGAAUCUCUACACAGCGCAACCGAUGUCUCAGUCGUUUCGAUAUUCUCUCGAUAGCAGAUCUAUAUCUCCGACAAACAAAUCGAUCUCCGUAUCGAAGAAUCAGCCACCGAGCCACCACCACAGUCACAAGAUCUCAGAAACGAGAAGGAGAUGUAUGUGUUCUCCAACGACGCAUCCAGGAUCUUUCAGAUGUAGUCUACACAAGAACGUAGCGAAUCCACAUGGUCAAGGAACAGCUUCGUAUACAACGAAUGGAUUGAAUAUGCGUCGAUCUGCGAUGACAAAUUCGCUGGUGAGAAUUGGUGGUGUUGAAGGAGAGUGGGUGAGAAGAGCUUUGACGACUUUGAUUCGACCUUCUUCGCAUCAUUUGAAAAGACGAGCUGCUUAUCAGCCUCGUCCGAGUCGGCUCUCAAUCAUGGCCAAAUCUGAUGAUGAGAAUUGAUUUGAUCUGGAUUUUUGGAAUUCAGAUUUUUCUCAGGUUUGUUUUGUUUGUUGUUCUUCUUCUCUUAAAAGAAACCACCACAGGAUUAGUAGAUCCGGCGAUGAAGUCCUUGUUAUGAAGCUAGGCGAGAUCUGCGAAGAAUCGUCGUCGAAAUCGAGAUUUUGUAAAACGAAGAAACACACACCAUCAUAAUUUUUUUUGUUGUUGGGUGAAGAAGAUGCUAGAAUGCAUUGUACAUACUUCUCUUUUUACUGUUUUUGUUGCUCUCUCUCUCUCUCGCAAACCAAAAAAAAAAAAUGUUCGGAGUCACACCAAAUUACAUCUAAAAUCGAAAAUCAAAGAACUGAAUCCAAA